GUCAACGCAUCUUUCUCAGACACCAGCGGAUGGGAGGAGAGGCGGACAGAGUAGGCAGGGAGAAAGAAAGAGAGGAGGGAGGCAAGAGGUGGAUGAGCGGCUGGUUGAGACAUAAAGGUGUCGCCUAAUCUACUCUCAACACCCAAAAGACAGACUUCUGUCUUUUAGUGAUUUUACGGGACAUACAGUAUGCCGUUUAUUUUAAGCAGAGCGUAAAUCGGGGAGUCAUCCACUGCUCCUGACGCGUAAAGGCUGCCCCUAUUACGCCUUUAGCCAUCUCCGCCGGUAAAGGAUGAUAGGUGUGAUUGUAUAGCGUCAAUUAAUCACAAAGUACCAUUACAAUCCACAGCGAAGGAAGAGCAGGAGGCACAGCAUGAUCCGAGGAUGAUUUCUGCCAAGAAAACUCCGGAGAAGAGUCGCUUUCCUAUCCACUAUUUGGUGUGGCACAACAAACACCGACAGCUAGAGAAAGAGCUGGCAACGAAGGAGCAGACUGAUUUAGAGCUUCUGGACCCUCGUGGGCGGACUCCUCUCCACUUGGCUGUUACUCUGGGACACCUGGACUGCACUCGGGUCCUGCUGCAGCAUGGGGCGGAUGUUAGCAAGGAGAACCGCAAUGGAUGGACCGUUCUCCAGGAGGCAGUGAGCACCCGAGAUCCAGAGCUGGUGCGCCUUGUGCUUCGUUACCGUGACUACCAGAGGACUGCCAAGAGACUGGCGGGCAUCCCCGUCCUGCUGGAGCGACUACGCCAGGCUCAGGACUUCUAUGUGGAGAUGAAAUGGGAGUUUACCAGCUGGGUGCCCUUGGUCUCUCGUAUCUGUCCCAGCGACACCUACAGAGUUUGGAAGAGUGGUCAGUGUCUCCGCGUUGACACCACCCUGAUGGGCUUUGAACAAAUGACCUGGCAGAGAGGAAACCGGAGCUUCAUUUUCAGAGGACAAGGCUCCAGUGCAGAAGUGAUGGAGGUUGACCACGACAGGCAGCUGGUGUACUGCGAGACCCUGUCCGUCUCGUCCCUCGCGGUGCUUUCGCCCGGCCGGGGGAAUUCGGGCGCCAGCUGCAGCGCUGCCUCAGGUUUGGGCGUUUUGGGAGCGGUGCAGCCCAGUGACGAGCAGGUAGCAGCCAGACUGUCUGCAGCUGUGGUGACCACUCAGCUGGACACACGCCACAUCGCCUUCGAAAGGAAUAAGAGUGGUAUCCUGGGCUGGAGAAGUGAGAAAACUGAAACAGUGAAUGGAUAUGAAGCCAAGGUUUAUGCUGCGUCCAAUGUGGAGCUGAUCACCAGGACCAGAACUGACCAUCUGUCAGACCAGAACAAGAACAAGACAAAAGGUGGGAAGACUCCACUGCAGAACUUCCUCGGUAUCGCAGAGCAACACAUGGGGCCAAACAACGGGGCUUUGGUAACUCAGAUGUCAAGCCCUGCAGUGACCAACCCCGCAGCACUGACAGCCGAGGAAUACUUCAACCCCGGCUUGUCACCGACUCAGAGGGACAUCGGCCAUCCGUGCCAGCUCACCACCAAGACCCAGAGGUUUAAAGCUAAGCUGUGGUUGUGUGAGUCCCAUCCUCUGUCCCUGGCAGAGCAAGUGGUGCCUAUCAUUGAUCUCAUGGCAAUCUCCAACGCCCUGUUUGCCAAGCUGCGGGAUUUCAUCACACUGCGCUUGCCGCCUGGAUUCCCUGUGAAGAUCGAGAUCCCUCUCUACCACAUCCUAAACGCCAGGAUCACCUUUAGUAACCUGAAUGGCUGUGAGGAGGGGAUGACUGUCCGCACUGACAAUGAAGUCGGGGUGGAUGGGGACAGACAGAGAGAAACCCCGAGGACAGACACCCCGUCUCCAGGCAGUGACUCGUCCAGUGUCUCCAGCUCUAGCUCCACAAUGUCAUGUCGAGCUGGAGAGAUUCCCCCGUGUGUGUUUGAGGCCCCACCUGGAUACACCAUGCUUGGUGGCAAACAGAGAGACAGCAUGAGGGAGGAGGAGGAAGAUCUGUUGCAGUUCGCCAUACAGCAGAGUCUGCUGGAGGCCGGCUCCGAGUAUGAUCAGGAGAAGAAUGUAGAAGAUGUAGAGGAGAGAGAGGCGGAUGUCACUGUUUCUAACGUCAUCUUCCAGGAGCCUGCUGUUCACAACUGUUGUGCUGUUGCUUCAAACCAGGCUAAAGAAGGGGAUGACACUUUUAUUUACAGGACCCCACAGCACAAGCCCCACCCCCCGUCCAGCCUCUGCUCCACCCCCUCCAAGAAGACGACCACCUGCAACUACAACGAGCAGCUGCGCAUCGCCAUGGAGAUCUCAGCACGGGAGCAGGAAGAGGCGGAGCUGCGGCGGCAGCGCGAGGAGGAGGAGCUACAGCGCAUCAUCCAGCUGUCACUUAUGGACAAAUGAGAGCUAGGAGUGGUCGGGAGAGGGGGGAGGUGGUGGGUGCAAGACAACUUUCAAAAGUCAUGUAAGUGGCUGGGAAUCAGUGUGGGAAUCAGUCUCCUCCAUCGCCUCAGCCAGACCUCUCCCACAAAGCCAUACAGUGACGCUGCUGUCCAGGCCUCAGACAGGAAGAGACGCCAUGUUUCCUCUUUGUGAUGCCACAUGGUACUUCUCUUGACCAGUGCCAGUUUACAACCAACAAUACAUCCACCAGUUUAGAAUGCCUCGUGUGAUGAGUGAUUUCUGUCUGUCUGCAGGUCUGUGCGUGAGUGAGUGAGUGAGUGAGUGUGUGUGUGUGUGUGUGUGUGUGUGUGUUUCAAAACCAGCUCUCUGCACAGGGGUGAACAGGUGAACAGGUCACCCUCAGUCCUGUGAACGGCGUGUGUUAUGCCAACACACACGCUCUAAACUGUGAUGGUCCCUUUGCACAGCAGCCAUUUUGCAGAAUGUGGAAAAUGGCCUUAGUCCUCCAGGUUGGAAAGCAAGGAUUAAUCACCAGGGAGCAACUCCACUGGUGGCAAAACCCAGACCAGUUUGAGUGGAAGUCUCCGGGAAAAUUAGUCACAUGAUUUACAACAUCAGUGAACAUUUUCCUGAGGACUCAAUCACUAGUUUCAGGUCUUCUUCAAAAGCACACGAUGUCUAUUUUGUAAAAAUACAUUCGAAGGAAAAUGCAUGAAAAACGAUGGCACAUAUGAGUGGACACCAGUGUGAUUGACAGCUGGUAUACAGUAGGAGCCUGGUUGCAGGUGAUAUCUGCGAAUUUCAUGGUUGCACAAACUUCAAAAUGAGUUCAUUCUGCAUCUGGAAGACUGCGUCCAAUGUUUUAUACACAUACAGUCUAUGGAAAAGCUCAGGUGUCACUGAUCAAACAAACACAAUAUUUUAAAUAUGUGUUAUACUGUUCAAAUUUCAAAAUUUAACACGACAAAUCUGGUGCUCAUGUACAACUAUAAUGUUUUUUCAUAAAUAAAUCUUUUUUGUUUCAUUGUUGAUACACUAUUUUAACAUUAAAUAAACAGUAAAUUGUAAAUAAUGGCCACAUUUUGGAAGGAAAAUGGGCAAAAGCGUGUACUCACAGGACAUUUUCUGGCCCCUUUAUGGUCCAGACGGACAUAUUGAUGCUCAAGUGUUAAAGGGUUAACGGUGGCUCUGUUGCACCCUGAAACUGAAGAAUCUAAAUGGAACUCAGCCAUCGUUAAUUUGAUUAUUUACACCUGGGUUUUUUCCGACUGUCAAAAUGGCUGCUGUGAAAAAGGGCCCAUGUGCAUGGAGGACACAGUGAUGAGUCAGGACUGGCGGUGUGGAGAGGACUCAUUAUUAAAGGUUGGUCAAGUUGAGAAUCUUGAAUGUCCGAAGACCAUUCAACUUCCUCAGUUUUUACUGAAAAAUAAGUAAAUAAACAAACGUUUUCUCUUUUGAUUUGCACAAAUUUCAGAUGUACUGUACUUUAGCUUGUGGGUGGAUCACAUAUAUGACUGUUAAUGGAUGUAGACGAUGAGCUUGAGCACAAAGUUAACCCGGGUGGGGUUUUAGUUUUAGCCUGACGCGAUUGACGCGCAGGAGCACAGAUGUAAACGAGAUAACCAGAUGUGCUCGAGUGUGGAUGAGUUUGUCGUUGGCCUGUGUGUAAUCCAAACAAUAAAGGGACAAUGCUUAUG